UGUGUUUUCAGACUGGAGGGAAAGACGGAGAAAACCCGGGAAUUUGCGAAAAUGGAAGAAAAAUUGAUCAUUGCUGUUUGCUCUCAUCCAGUGAUUUAUGAUCAAUCAAGUUACGAAUAUAGAGACAAGAGCAGAAAGGACAAGGCAUGGAAAAGGAUAAGUGAGGAAAUCGGACUCUCUGAAACAGAAACAACAGUGUCUCAGAACCAGCUUGCUGAGCUGUGUGCCUCUUCCUCUGAGCUGGCUGGACCAUCCUCUGCUCCUGGACCAUCCUCUGCUCCUGGACCAUCCUCUGCUCCUGGACCAUCCUCUGCUCCUGGACCAUCCUCUGCUCCAUCAUCAUCAGGUCCAUCGAAGAAGAGGGUCCGGAAAAGGCAGCAUGUUGAGCCCACAGAAUUUGAGAGGGAGAUGUUGGAGGUCCUAAAAUCUAAAUUGAUUUUUCCAUGA